AUGGCAACCUCGAGAGGCCGGCGGCUGUCGCUGCCCAAGCCAAAGACCUUCCUGGGCCUCAUGUCCCUCCAGACCGGCACCGAGAUGAUUUCGUUAGCCCUCCUCAUCAACAAGGUGACGGGCCUGUACGGGCUGCUCGCCAUAGUGACCGGCUACUCCCUCAACGCGGUCCAGCUCUCCAUGUACCUGUACUCGGUCGUCGUGCUCGGCACCCUCGCGUUCCUUAUCCCUCACAUCCGGAGGCAGUCGCCGUUCCAGAACCUGUCGCUCGCCUGGCUCUACAUUGUCGACACGGCCGUCAACACCGCGUACACGGCGACUUUCGCGGUGCAGUGGUACCUCAGUUCCGGCGGCAACCCCCAAGGCGACCCCGCGGAGCAGGCCACCGAUACGGCCGCCAGCAUGGUGCUCAUUGUCGGGCUCUCACUCUUCAGGGUGUACCUGAUGUUCACGGUCAUGAGCUUCACGAGGCAGGUCCUGCAGAGGCACGCGGAGGAGCUGUCUGAUGGCAAGGGCCUCGCGCUGCUGCCCUUCACCCCCGGGUCGCCCGGCAGCGAUGGCUGGCAGGGAAAGCUGGGGCGUGCGAUGUUGUUUGUCGGCCAGGACUACUGGAUUGGGGCCAAGGACGACCAGGAGUGGGCGCCGGAGCAGCAGGCGCCCCUGGUUGCUGAAGAGAGCGACGGCGAGUAG